GACUGCUCUACUAUUUUCAGUGAGGCUCUUCCCUCAGAAAAUAACUACCUGUUCAAAUUUAUAGUGAAAUGAUGUUCAGUAUUAUUUUAGUGAUAAUGGCUGCGGCUGUAGCAAAAGCCUCUCACUUUUCAUUUGAUGGUCACGGUCUGGGUCACACACAUAUUCAACCAAAGUUCAUCUCGCAGUCAGUUCAUUUACAAGAGGUGCCAACCAAGAUCAUCAAAAUUACGAAGACGGUCGCUAUCAAAGUUCCAGUUCCGUAUCCUGUCAAGGUACCACACCAUAUUCCUGUACCAGUUCCGGUAAAUCAUCCAGUGGCUGUUCCAGUUCCACAAAUUGUGAGAGUUCCAGAACAUGUGCCUGUGGAAAUUAAAAAACCAUAUCCAUUUCCAGUUCAUCAGCAAGUUCCUCUUUUGGUGUCCAAACCAGUCGCUAUUCCACAACCAGUCCCAGUUCCACACCCCGUGACAAUCGAUAAACCUGUCUAUUAUCCAGUUCCUCAUGCAGUUCCAUAUCCUCAAUCUAGCAAUGAAUACCAUGGUACUUUCAACGAGCACAAUGACCACAACGAAGGCACUGAUCACAAUUAUUUAUCUAGAUCUUUCAAUAAAAAACAAAGUAAUUAUGGUAGUGAUUCUUCUAAUGAAGGGGUUGAAUCUAAUCAACCAACAUUUAAAGCAUCUCAGCAAGACUUCAGGCUAGGAAGAGAUUAUUCCACAGACAAAGAUUUUCAAUCCGGACAAGCUUCUACAGUUGCCCAAGACUUUGCACCGAGUCGAGAUUUCCCAUCAGGCAAAGAUUUUUUACAAAAUUUUAAGUUAGCAGAAGAUCAUGCAUCAAACAAAGAUUUUGGAGAACAGCAUUUUCAAUCAGAGCAAGAUUAUGCAGCUAAUGGCGAUUUUGGAGGACAGCAUUUUAAAUCAGGACAAGUUGUUAGAUCGGAGAGAGAUUUCAAAUCGGGUCAGAAUUUUAGAUCCGGACAAGAGUCUGCAGCAGGACAAAAUUAUAAUCAAGAAGAGUAAGAUUGAAAUCAGUCUAGGAUGAAAAAAAUAUAAAAUCCUAAUUACGAAAUAGUAAGUGGUUUCUAAAUUUUUUGUUUUUGAAACUAAAUAUUAAAAUUAAACAAAUGAAAUAGUGACGUUGCAUCUUAGAGAGCAAUAUGAGUUCGUGUAAAUAUCUGUGAGUCAUAAUUUCUACUGUUAAGUUUUUACUUAUGAAUGCUCGUUGUUACGUUAUUUUUUACACUUAUGAUAAGAAUGUAUAUGAAUUUUUGUAAUAAAAUUGUAUUUAUAAUUGUAA